UAUAAAAUUCCGAAAGACCUACUAUUCUUUCUUUUAGUAUUAAGUUCGAGUUUCAAAAUGGAUCACGGAGAAAAACAGCAGCGGAAAACCCACCCAAAGGAAAGAACCAACUUUAUUUCCAACAUAUUUUUUGUUUACGCCAUCAAACUUUUCAAAAAAGGGUUCACAAGGGACUUGGAAGAGAGCGACCUAUACGACGUCCUUUCAAACUACAAAUCAAAAAAACUAGGAGACCAACUCGAACUAGAAUGGGAGAAACAGAAGAAGAGACGGAAAAAUUUAUCGAUAGUUCGCUUGCUUUUAAGUUGCUACGGAAUUCCAUACCUUCUUCUAGGUUUUAUGCAACUGUUCAUCAACGUAGUAGAAAUAAUAGUCCAGCCGUAUGCUUUGGGCAAACUAGUUUUGUAUUUCUCGCCAGACCAAACCGAACUCACUAAAACAGACGCCUAUUACUAUGCUGGAAUAGUCAUUGGUUUAAAUUUCUUCCAACGGGUGUAUAAACACAACUAUUACCUUCUACUAGCCGGUUUUGGUAUCAAAACUCGGGCCGCUUUCUGCUCCUUUAUGUACAGAAAAGCCCUAAAACUGAGUCCUGCACACAUGGAGGAUAUCUCAAUCGGGAAAAUUGUCACUCUGAUAACCAAAGAUGUUGACACUUUUGAACUCUUCAUCGAUUUCGGAAACGACAUUUGGAUCGGAAUCGUCAAAACGAUUGUGGUUAGUGUGAUUUUCUACAUCAGGAUUGGAUGGUCGGCUUUCUCCGGUGUCGGGUUUUUCCUCCUAGUCUUGCCUUUACAAGUAUGGCUCGGCUCAAAAAUCACUGCCAUGAAGAUGAAUAUGUGUAAAAAAACCGACGAAAGGCUACAAAUGACACAAGAAACUCUAUCAGCAAUUAGGAUUAUCAAAAUGUACACUUGGGAAAAGAUUUUUGACCGCAAAAUUUCCCAAGCUAGAAAGAAAGAAGUCUACACGACUUACAAGAUCUUUUUUGUAAGAUUUUUGAUCAUAGUGAUUGGGAGUUUGAACUCCCACAUAGCUUUUUAUUUAAUUCUGAUGACUUAUAUCUGGUGUGGUCAUGCCAUAACUGCAGAAAUAGUCUAUUUUAUCAUGGGGACGUUUCAAAAUUUGUCCUAUGGCUUGGCUAUCCUUUUCCCGAUUGGUGUGUACCAAACCGCUGAACUUAAAUCAUCAAUCAAGAGGAUUGGUCAAAUAAUGAAAGCAGCAGAAAUUCAAUCAGAUAAAAUACCCAACACUGAAAUCACAAUUUUGCCCAAAAUUAACAUGAAGAAUGUGACUGUGUCAAUACGUGAUGCUAAAAUUCUUCAAAACAUUACUCUGAAUGUUGAAAAAGGAUUAUCUCUGCUGACUGGUCCUGUAGGAAGUGGCAAAUCAUUCCUUCUGAAGACCAUACUGCAAGACUACCAACCUGAAGAAGGAAAUUUGAUGGUUCAAGGGACCGUGUCUUAUGCCUCUCAAGAACCAUGGCUUUUCCCCUCUUCUAUCAAACAAAACAUUUUAUUUGGCCAAAAAUACAACGAAAAACGCUACAACGAAGUACUGAAAGUUUGUGCUUUAAUCUACGAUUUCGAAUUACUCGAAGCCGGUGAUGACACCAUCGUCGAAGAUCGUGGAAUAAAUCUGAGUAAAGGACAACAAGCUCGCAUUAACCUAGCCCGAGCUGUUUACAAAGAAAGCGAUAUUUACCUCCUCGACGACUCUUUGGCCGCUUUGGACGCCCAUGUAAGCUCUUUCAUCUUCAAAGAGUGCAUUUUGGGGUUCCUCAAAGACAAAUUAGUGCUUUUGGUCAGUCACAACGUCGACUAUGUCAAAGACAGCGAUGCUGUCAUUGUUAUGAAAAACGGACAAAUCAAACAAAGUGGAAAACCAUCCGAUCUUAACACCAACGAACUGUUGGAAACCGUCGAAGAAAAAACGGAAAACGAAGUGUGUGAUGACGAAACGGCUGAAGAAGAAGCAGCAACUGAAGAAACCAAACUAAUCACUGAAGCACCUGUUCAAAGAAAAGUUUACCAAGAACAAAAGCAAUCUGGUGCUGUCAAAACCGCUGUCUACAACAAGUAUAUCAAAUAUGGUGGUGGUUACUUCGUUUUGUUUCUCGUUUUUUGUAUUUUUGUGUCGGCACAGGUUACCAUGAGCUAUACUGACAAGUUAGUGAGUGACUGGGUCAAUUUGGAACAAAAAAUUUCCAAUUUUACUAUCCAAAAUGCCACCAAUGCAACCGAACAAGUGGAACUCUACAAUAAGAAGAAUUAUAUUUUCUAUAUGUACACAUUUAUGACCAUAGCUACUGGGGUUACUAGUUUGAGUCGAGCAAUUGGACUUUUGUGGUUUUCACGAAGUGCAGCCCUAAAGCUGCAUAAAAAUAUGAUUUCGACUAUUAUCAAUGCCUCAAUGCAGUUCUUCGAUACGAAUUUCAUUGGAAAUAUCUUAAACCGAUUUUCGAAAGAUUUGAUCACCGUCGACGAAUCUAUUCUAUUCGCAUUUUACCACGUCUUCAGAGUCCUUUUGGUCAUAAUUGGGAUUGUAGCAUUGAUAGCAGGUGUUAACCCCAUGUUUUUGAUCCCCACUGCCAUCUUUCUUCUGAUAUUACUAGUAUUGAGAAGAUUUUGUCUUCGAACUUCGAGGAGUCUUAAACGAUUGGAUGCUUUAACUCGAAGUCCAGUUGUUGGUCAUUUAAACGCUUCCCUUGAAGGUUUGACCACAAUCCGAGCUUUCCAAGCUGAAGAAAUUCUCAGAGAUGAGUUUGACCGUCACCAGGAUCUCUACACUUCUGCUUCUUAUAUUCUCCAAAGCAGUAUGAGGGCGUUUGCAUUCACAAUGGACACUUUGUGCAGUUUCUACAUUUCGUUUAUUGUUGUCAAAUUUUUAUUUACCGAUGAUGAUGUUUUGGCCGGUCAUGUUGGUCUCGCCAUAUCGCAAGCUUUUAACCUCACUGGGACUCUGCAAUGGGGAAUUCGUCAAUGGGCCGAAAUGGAAAACAGAAUGACUUCAGUGGAAAGAGUCUUGGAGUAUACUGCAAUUAAACAAGAAAACAAACAAGGCCUAGAAUUGGAUAAUUGGCCAAGUGUGGGAAUGGUCAAAUAUGAGAAUGUCUGUUUGACUUAUACGAAUUCAAACGAGCAAGUCUUGAAAAAUAUCAACUUCACGGUGAAUCCCAAAGAGAAGAUUGGGAUUGUUGGGAGAACCGGGGCUGGAAAAUCGUCGAUUAUUUCCACUUUAUUCCGCUUAUACGAAGUCGAGGGGAAAAUUCUGAUCGAUGGUGUGGACACUAAAACCGUCUCCCUUGACUGCCUCAGAGCCAACAUUUCCAUCAUCCCUCAAGACCCCGUUCUUUUCACGGGAACAAUCCGGGAGAACAUAGACCCUAUCCAGAGAUACAACGACGAGGAAAUCUGGAAAGCGAUCGAAACGGCCCAUUUGAAGAAGCUCAUCCCAAGUCUAGACUUUGAGAUCGUUGAAGGAGGCUCGAAUUUCAGUAUAGGACAAAGACAGUUGAUUUGUCUCGCCAGAGCUGUCAUCCAGAAGAACAAAAUCAUCGUCAUGGACGAAGCCACGGCUAAUAUGGAUCCAGAAACGGACGCGUUGAUCCACAAAACCAUGGAGGAGAGUUUCAAAGAGUGUACGGUUUUCACAAUCGCUCACAAGUUGCAGUCGAUUUUGCGAAGUGACAAAGUUAUGGUUAUGGACAAAGGCGAAAUUGUUGAGUUUGACGAACCGACGAAUUUGUUGGAGAAUAAAGAUGGCAUCUUUUACAAAAUGGUGGAAAAAGCAGGAUUACUGCCACAGAAGUAACAAAUAAUAAAAAGUGUGUAGCAAAUUGUUGUUUUAUUCCAAAAAUAUCCACAAUAAAAGUGACACUUUUGUUGUAGAAAACUGAUUAUAAAUGCAUUUUUGUAUUAGAAAUAAAUAAAAAAGAUAAACAUG